GAUUCCACCAGAAUUACAGAGGGGGAUAUAUCAUACAAGAAAAUGCCAAUUCUGUGCAGCAUAUGAAGCCGUUGGGCUGACAUUUCAGACCCAUUUUACUGUGUUUAUUGUAUUUAUUAAUUGUAGACUAGACACUAUGCAUCAUCCAUCCAUCCAUGUAGUUCAUUUGGUUCAUGUGCCUUAAUAUUGUUUAAAGAUGCACUCGUAUUCACCUUAGCUGACUGCCAACAUCCGCAGGUAGUGUCCUGAUAAUACCUCCCGUACAAAAUGAACUGAGAUAGAGUCUGUGGGCUAGGCAAUACAUCAGCAUGGAAAUGAAACUAAAGUGUGUGAUCAUAGAGGACUUUGUGGUCAUUUUUGUGCUUUUUUAGCAUUUUAAUGCUUUUAAUCUUCUCUUUCAGGUGCCUCAGCUCACACAGGAGGAUGACAUUGUAAGACAUCUUCGGACUUGGACCUUUUCUCAAACUGUAUUCACACAAUAGGAACAACAACACUCUUUUUCUUUUUUGAUGAGAUUUUUUGAAUUACUCUUGCCUGUGAGAUCAGUUGCUAUGACUAAGUGUAAAUACCGUAGUAUUUUUUCAGGGCCAGCUUUGACAAUUGCGUCUUGUCUGAUCCAAUUGAUCCUUGGCUACAGCUUUAAGAACUGCAUUGAAGUUUCCUUGUCCCAUCACUCUGCCUUCAGGUGCCUGAACCGCUAUGAACAGAAUAUCGGUGCCUUUGUGGAUGACUUACCACCUACGACAACUAUUCUCAACAUAUCUUACAACAACAUAUCCAAAGUUCCCGGAUUCACUUUUGCUCAGCUACAAAACCUCACUCAUCUUCAAAUGGAUGCUAACAACAUUUCUGAAAUAGAUAAGGAUGCUUUUAAGAAUCUGCAUCAUUUGAAAAGCCUAAACCUCUCCAGCAACAUUCUGCCCAGCCUUAAUCCAGGCAUCUUUGAAAACCUCUACACACUUACUGAGUUGUACAUGAGUGAUAACAAGCUGCGGUGUCUUCCUCCAAACAUUUUUAAUGUAUCCGCUUGUCUGAAAACUCUAAUAAUCCGAAGAAACAACUUUUCUUGUUUCUCGGCAGUGGUCGAGUCUGUGAAAGAUUUGACGCAUCUGACAAGGUUGGAUCUGAGCUAUAACAAACUACAGUCUCUUGAGAAUUCUGCAAGCUUACCAUCAUCACUUCAGGUCCUCUAUCUCAGUAACAAUGAGCUUGUCACCUUAGGAUGUCACCCUGGGUUCUUUAGCAGAAUCUCUGUGUUGGAUCUUUCAAAUAAUUCAAAAAUCUCAUCAGAACAUUUCAAGGGCUUAAAUUUGAGUAAAAUGACCUAUCUCCGCCUGCGAUUAACUAACGUGACUGUGCCAGAACUCCUCAAUCUCAGCCUGUCCCUAAACCCUGCGCACGUGGACUUCUCUGGGCUAAACCUGGGCCACAAAAACAACUCCAUGAUCAGGACUGUGUGCAGGCUACUGAUGAACUCAUUGACAGAAAUGCAAAGGAUGAUAAUCCAGCAAAAUGAUAUUCGGUAUUUACAACGUGGCCUUUUCUUUAAUUGUACUAAUUUGACAGAUUCUUUGGACCUUUCUUUUAACAGACUGGGGAGGGUGGGGUGCCUUGAGUUUCUUGAGGGUCAGUAUCGGCUGCAGACGAUCACCGUGGAGCACAAUCUUCUGUCAGAGCUCACCUCCUGCAAGACUCCCCAAUUUCAUCGUCUUACAGAAUUGAGCUACCGGUACAAUCGCAUUCUGAAGGUCAAUGCAUUUGCAUUUGCACAUACUCCAUGUUUGAAAACUCUCAAACUCAACAUCAACACAAUUGCCUUUUUGGACCAUGAAGCACUCAGGGGUCUUACACAGCUCACUACACUUCGCUUAGACAAUAACUUACUGACGGAUCUCUACAACGACAGCUUUUUUGAUUUGCACAGCUUGGAAACACUCAACCUACGCAAUAACCAAAUCUCUGUGAUUUUCAAGGACACUUUCCAGUCUCUAAAACGCCUCAAUAUUCUGGAUCUAGGAGGAAACAAAAUCAAUAAUUUCAGAGAGGGGGCAUUCACUGGACUUGAAAGCCUUGCAAAUAUUUACCUUGACCGCAAUCGUCUCGGAAAAAUAGAAAUCCAAAGUUUUGCAAAGCUCUCUGCCACUCUGAAAGUUCUAGACCUGCAGUCCAACAUGAUUAGAUACCUGACAGAACAGACCACUUCUCCAUUUACCAAUUUAUCCAAGCUGGAGGAUCUGAAACUGGAUGCACAGCAGCCGUAUGGCAUAACACUUGUGCCUGGUACUUUAUUUUCUGGCCUGAGCUCCCUAAAACAGCUCUCCCUUACAAACAACCACAUCUCUAGCUUUAGAUCACACACCUUUGAUGACCUGUCCAGCUUAGAGUAUCUUACUCUGGACAACUCAUGUGUUGGUGUGAAACCGCUACCACCAGGCAUCUUCAAAAACCUGCAGAAACUGAAAAUUUUAGAUGCAGAAAACAUGGGCAUUAGGUCCUUCUCGGAGCAUGUGUUUGGGAAUCUAACAUCACUGCAUAAAUUACAACUGAAUCGCAAUGCCAUGACAAAAAUAAACCCUGCUGUUUUUGAGAAACUGCCUAAUCUCACCUACCUUGAUUUGAGGAAUACCCCACUCAGCUGCAUCUGCAAAAACAGUGAGCUCCAGAAUUGGACCAAUACCAACCAGAGAGUGCAGAUAGUCUAUUUGUAUAGCAUGAGAUGCCCUGAACUCUCUAAUUCAAGUUUUCACAAUUUUGACACCAAGGUGUGUUAUCUGGACAUUGGACUUUACCUCUUUGUCUCAACUAGUAAUGUGGUGUUCCUAUUGACAAUCCUACCACUGCUAUAUGUUAAACUCUACUGGAAGCUGAAGUACAGCUAUUAUGUCUUUCGGUCGUGGUUUGGGGAACAAUGGCGUCGGCUGCGGGACGAGGAGGAGGAGUGUGAAUAUGAUGCCUUCAUCUCCUACAACUCAGCGGACGAGGAGUGGGUGGUGAAGGAGCUGGUGCCGAACCUGGAGGGGAACGCACCGUCUUUCCGACUCUGCCUCCAUCACCGUGACUUCGAGCCUGGACGCUACAUCGUGGACAACAUCGUGUCGGCUGUGUACAGGAGCCGCAAGACCGUGUGCGUGGUGAGCCAGCACUUCCUGCGCAGCGAGUGGUGUUCACUGGAGAUCCAGCUGGCCAGCUACCUCCUCUUCCACGAGCUCCGUGACGUGCUCGUGCUGGUCUUCCUGGAACACAUCCCCGAGAGGCAGAUCUCGGCCUACCACCGCAUGCGGAAGGUCAUGCUAAAGAAGACCUACCUCCAGUGGCCCGGAUCGGACUGUGCCGACCCAGCUCAGGCUCAGGAGCUCUUCUGGGUCCAGCUGAGGAGGGCUCUGAAGAGCAGUAACAGCAGAGGCCAAGGAGAUGAGGAGGAAAGGGAGGAUCAAAAGACCAUUGAGAAAGAGUCUCAAGUGGAUCAGCCGCAGAGAGACGAUGGAAGAAAUGUCCUUCUUUUGUGAGGAGUGUGUUCACUGAAUAUGCUUUGUGUUGCUUGUGAUAUUACGAAAGGCGGAGGAUGCAAAAAAUGUCUCAUGCAAUAACUGCCUGGAAUACAAACGAUGUAUAGGCUGAAGAACAUUGCAAUUGGGAAAUCAGUUAUUACAGUAAUUUGGAAGUUUUUAAGGAACUGAAACUUUCAGAUGACUUUGAAAUUAACCUUGGAACCAUUCCCUUUUCAUUUACACAUACAUAAAUAUUGUUUUAUGCUUACUUUAGUUUUAGGUAGGUGGUAAGAGGUAGGAAAUAACUGCAUCCACUCUUUACUUUUUUCCUACUACGCUGUAUAAAGUAUAACCUAUGGGCAAAAUCAUUUUCUUGAUGAGAAGCUUUGUGUGAGAACAACCCACAAACUGUUUUAUUUACAUUUGAUCAUGUUGUACAAAAACCCUUGUAAAUAUCCUGCUGUACAGUAUCCUACUGUAAAUUAAUUGUUCUUUGAUCAGAUGUUUCUACGUUUGGAAACUGAAAUGCUUACAAAUAAAACACAAUCAGAAAAUGUU